UCAAUCUUGCUUUCUGCACUGUUGCUUCUCUUUGUUUGUACUUUGCACCUUGCAGAUUGAGUGUCGAUAAUGUUAAUUUUCUCAAUUUAUGUGAAUUAUGAUAAAUAGAAUGUCUAUGUGUCAUUGACCACACGUAUGAGGUGCUAUAAACGUGCUUUCAUAAAUCUUGAAUCAACAGAUUUUAAACAUCAAUAACAACUUAACCUAAAAAUAUGAGGAGUCGAAGUAAUUCUGGAGUCCGGCUGGACUAUUACCAGCGAAUUGUUCAAAAUAUUAUUAUGUGUCAUCAAAAUCCAGUUACUGGUCUGUUUCCUGCUAGUCCGGAGAAUGACCACGCAUGGAUUCGAGACAAUGUCUACUGCAUUCUGGCAGUUUGGGGCCUGUCGAUGGCUUACAAGAAGACUGCCGAUAUGGAUGAGGAUCGUGCUAAGACUUAUGAACUUGAGCAGAGUUGUGUGAAACUGAUGAGAGGCCUGCUGAUGGGAAUGAUGCGUCAGAAGGAGAAGGUGGAGAAGUUCAAAAGCACUCAGAACCCACUGGAUGCGUUGCAUGCCAAGUACAGCUCCAAGUCGGGGCAAUCUGUCGUGGGAGACUCAGAAUGGGGCCAUCUGCAAAUUGAUGCCAUCUCCUUGUAUCUUCUCAUCCUUGCUCAAAUGACCGCUUCAGGUUUACAGAUAAUAUUCAAUCUGGACGAAGUGGCUUUCAUCCAGAAUCUAGUGUUCUACAUUGAGUCUGCUUACUGUGUCCCCGACUACGGUAUGUGGGAGAGGGGUGAUAAAGCCAACCACGGCUUGCCUGAACUGAACGCCAGCUCCAUUGGCAUGGCGAAGGCGGCCCUGGAGGCGAUGAAUGAGCUGGAUCUGUUUGGAGCCAGAGGGGGGCCCUCCUCAGUCAUCCAUGUUCUCGCCGAUGAGGCUCAGAAAUGCCAAGCUGUUUUGCAGUCGAUGUUACCGCGAGAGUCGAGUUCGAAAGAGCUGGACAGCGGUCUGUUGUCAGUGAUCAGCUUCCCUGCAUUCGCCGUCGAUGACCCAUCGCUCAUCCACCACACCAGGAGUGCCAUCCGAACCAAACUGCAGGGCAAAUACGGCUGCAAGCGCUUCCUAAGGGAUGGUCACAAAACGCCCAAAGAAGAUCCAAAUCGUCUCUACUACGACCCGUUCGAGCUACGAAUGUUUGAGAAAAUUGAAUGCGAAUGGCCGCUAUUCUUCUGCUACUUGGUUCUCGAUUACUGCUUCCAAGGAGAUAAGGAGCUCACUGACGAAUAUGCACAGCUCUUGGAUGAUGUGAUGAUAAAAAACAAAGAUGGCAUGAAACUGGUGCCAGAGCUGUAUGCAGUGCCGGGCGAUAAGGUCAAUGCUGAAUACAAGGAUCCCGGAAGCCAGAAACGUGUGGCUGUGGGUCGAUGUCCUUUCAUUUGGGCACAAUCUCUCUACAUCCUUGGGAGACUGUUGCAAGAUGGAUUCCUAGCACCCGGAGAAUUGGACCCGCUGAACCGACGGCUGUGUUCGGAGAAGAAGCCCGACGUGGUGGUACAAGUGGUGAUCCUAGCGGAGGAUGCCGACAUCAGAGACAAGCUGCUGCAACAUGAGAUAUUUGUGCAGACCAUCAGUGAAGUGGCUCCCAUCGAAGUGCAGCCGGCGCGAGUGCUCAGUCAUCUCUAUUCUUACCUUGGUCGUAAUCAGAAGUUGGGAUUGACUGGUCGAAAAUCUAGAGAUGUUGGAAUUCUAAGCACUAGCAAACUCUACGCUCUACAAGACAGGAUAUUUGCUUUCACACCUCAGACAGUUGACCUGGAGCACUACUAUAUGCGUAACGAUGUAUCACUGCUCGCUAACAAUUUCAUGAUGGACCUCUCCUUCCUCACCAUGAACUGGCGGCAUAUGCUUGGAAGGCCAACCUACACCAUUAUCGCAUCUAACAACAUGCUUGAUCAAGGAAAGCUUCCGCUGGCAAUGGUAUCAACAAUGAAAAAACUGAAAAGUGGAUAUAUCAAUGGAACCAGAGUGACUCUUGGAAAUCUCAACGAUUUUCUCAGCACAUCCUGCAUCACGAAUUUAAGUUUUCUUGGGAGCCAAGAGGACGGACAUCCUGAUAAGCUGAACCCACAGGUUGAACAGUACUUGGAUGAACACAUGAUGAAAUCUUCCACAAGGUCUUCAUUUCUUGUGCGAAAUAAUCCAAUCUCUCGCAAUAGAAUGUCGACUAGGAGGAGAAUGUCUGUCAAAGGAGCUAUCAAAAAGACUAGAUCAAUCAUUCAUCAAGACUCUGGAGAGUGCAACGUGGACGAGCGCCGAUCAAGUACAGUGACAGGGCCGAUGUUGCCAAGUCAGCAGCAGCUGCAGCAGCCGGGAGAGCUGUCUCCAGCCAGAACACAGCUGCACCGCAGCCCCUCCCCCGAAGACCUCAUCCCCCUCUGGAAGCAUGGCAGUGCGGUUCCCCGCUUCAGGAUCCCUGUGAUUCUUAUUGGGGGCAAACAAGAAAGGAGUGGUACUGAGCUUCAGUAUGCAGACACCGAAGUGGAAGAGCUGCUCAGCAUGCUUCGAGAGUCCGACCACCUUGAAGAGCAGGGCGACAUUUUGCAGUAUCUUGUCGACUCACAGGGCCUCAACUAUAAAACUGGUAACUAUAGUGAGCUCCACUUCAUAAUGGCCCUAUUUAACAUUGGUGUUGCUAUCCUCGUCUAUCAUUCGACAAAGCAAAUGGUGACUGUAGGAAUGCCUCCAUUGAAUGAGCACACUAUCACGGCUCCGCUGCCAGAGAAUGAACUGCGACAGCUGAUUCAUCAAGCUUAUGGCGAUGACGAGAGUACGGCCAUGUUGACUCAGGAGCUACUCGUAUACUUAGCCAUGUUCAUCAGAACAGAACCACAACUAUUCCUUGAAAUGCUACGACUUCGUGUUGGGCUGAUAAUCCAGGUAAUGGCAACGGAACUGUCGCGAACUCUUAUAUGUUCUGGCGAAGAGGCCACGGAACAUUUACUCAACCUCUCGCCAUUUGAAAUGAAAAAUCUUCUACAUCACAUCAUGAGCGGAAAGGAGUUUGCUAUAAGUAGUGUUGGUCAUGGUAAUUUCUCUGUUAUAAGCUGCAAAUCGGGGCGUGUAAGCAAGGGAGUUUAUGAGAGACAUUAUGAGUAUUCUCUAUCUAUCCUACCGCAGGAGACUCAGAAAAGUCAGAUCGGAGGCUUCCUGGGGACGGAUUCGGUUGACGGCAGCAUUGCUAGCAACAGCGGGGGUGGUGGGGGCGGGGGUGAGGAGGACAGACAGGGUCAGUGGCUGCGGAGGCGGCGACUGGAUGGGGCUCUCAACCGGGUGCCCAGGGACUUCUACCCUAGGGUGUGGUCUGUGCUAGAACGGUGCCAAGGCUUGGCGAUCGAAGGCCGCCUACUGCCGCAGAACCUGACGCAGGAGAUGACGUCGGGCGAACUGAAGUUCGCGUUGGCGGUCGAAACGGUGCUGAACGCCAUCCCUCAACCCGAGUACCGGCAGCUGAUUGUCGAGGCUCUCAUGGUGCUCACACUCGUCACCGAACACAAUGUCGUCGACUCGCUCGGUGACGUCAUCGCCGUCGAGCAGCUUGUGCACUCGGCCAACCAGAUAUUUCUACAGGAUCAGAUGAAAGUGAACGGCGACGCGACCCUGUGUUGCGCCAAGACCAAUCAGGAGCGAGACCUGACGUCGACUGGAGGUUUGCUGUGCGGCGGCGCCGGUUAUAUAUGCCAGCACUUCUAUGACAGCGCGCCUAGCGGCAGUUUCGGAACUAUGACCUACAUUAUGCGCGCAUGCGCAACUGUUUUGACGUGCCUGCCGCAGGAUGGUGAAAUCGAGUGCAAUAUUCAUUGAUGGAUCUUGUCUUAUAAAUUACAUAAAUUACAACACUCAUUGGUGAUUAUCAGUACUAAUUAUAUAUCAUAUUGAGAGUUGAGAAACGCAACGAGUUGAAUUUCGUAUCAGGUUUUUCUCAUAUGAUAUGCAUAAAUUUCAUUUAUUCCUAGUGGUAUCUCAAAGAAAAUAAAAAGGUACUACAGUAGUAAUUCUAUGUACAUACCUAAACAAACAACUUGAUUUUUUCUCAGAGCUAUCAAUAAGUUUCAAAAUAUUUAGAAUGUCGUUAUUUCUUCUUUAUAUUUUUUACAAUAACAAUAAUUUCUUAGCGUUAUGAAAACAUAAUAUUUUGUCCAACUUAGGAGAUUGUUGUUUUUUAUAUUUAACAAAAGAUGACAACCUGAUUAAAAACCGGCGCAUUCUUCAUAUUAUUAGAGUGAUGUAUCGUAGCAGUUUUAUCAUUAUAGCCUUCAAUUAUUUAAAAAAAAAGAUUUAUAUCAUCGUUCAAUUGUGUUCAAUUUGAAUUUUCCAAAUUUUAGAUUAUUGAGAUUAGCACAGCUGUAGAAUCCUAGCUCUUUUAUUAAAUCGAUCUAGUCAUACUGAAUUUUUAUAGAUUUGUUGCCUAGUUUUCACAUAACAUUAUAUUUUGUAUAUUCUAUCUAUUUUAGCAUGCGAUUAUGUUGUUGAAAUACUUUCCAGGUUAGUUGAAUGCUCAAAUAUAGUGUUGUU